CGGAGCUUCCUAUACACGGAGGAGAGGACCACUUCAUCCUGGCUGGCAGAUCUCUGAGUCUGAGAUGCUAUCAUUAGAUGCUGCUCCAAAGACCUAAGGAAAUGUGCCCUGGAGAAGUGUAUGGUCCCAGUCCUUCUAACUGAGGCUCAAUGGCCCAGCAAAAUAUGAAAGUGCGGCCUGUGCUUCUAAAGCGUAACAGCCUAGAGUCAGUGGAGUUCGUGAAACAACCUCAUCAUCGCAGGAGCAAAUCUCAGCAGGUGCGGUUCAAGGAAGAUGGGACCAGUAAGACUCCACCUGGCCAAGCUGAGGUGGAUGUGCAAGCUGUGAUGGGCAAGACUCAGGCCUCCAGGCACCAUCACCUCCCCACCUACUCACUCUCCUUCCCCAGGCCCCAGAAGGCAGGGGGCUUUCAGAACAUUGCGAUCCAAACCUCCCCCAGUCUCAGGAAGCAUUUCCCAGUUUUCAAAAGGAAGAGACUCACAGCCAGCAAGUCCCUGGUAGAAAUGCCAACAGCCUCCCAAAGUGCCAUCCAGGUCAACGGCAACCUCUCCGAACAGGACAUUGUAUCCUCGGACCUUGCCUACUUAAGAUUGGCUCAGCAUCUUGAGGAUGGGCCUCGAAGAGUCAAAGUGUCCCACCCGUUUCCUCCUAGAAUGUCCAAGGUGCAAAGCAAUGGGCCUAUUAGCGUAUGCUUGGAAGCAGGGACUUGGAAGAUCUCAGAGAAAGCAACUGCUGCCAUUCAGGUCCCAGAUGACAUUUACCACAGUCCUACAUGGGCAGCUAGAAAGUCCACUUUCAGUCCGGACAGGUCAGGUGACCUGAGCAACUCCGUACAUCCUUUGGUGGACGUGUGUCCCGGUGAUGGGAGAACAGUGCCACUCUCAGAUUCAGAAAGAUCCCCUCCCUGCUUAAAUGCCACCAGCGAUGCCAGCCACACACCAGGCACGGGGAAACUUAAACCUGAAUUGCUUUUGCCCAAAGACAACGCUGAGGACAAAGACCUUGGCCCACUGUCAUCUCGGUCAAAGGAAACGUGUAUUCCGUCACCUCCACGGACUCACAGCUCCCCCUCACCAGGCUCUCGCAGCCAGCCCACCCAUUCGGGAGGGGCUUCAGACUGCUCUUUGUCAAGUAACAAUCACCAGGAUCUGCUGUCACUCAAAACUAACGGCGUGUCAAUUUCUGCCCCCACGUGUCAGGAACAGACGACAAAGAACCCCACCCAGUCAGACACCAUGGAGUUUCAGAAUUGUUCGGGGAGCAAUCACCUCCCAUCUCCUCCUCCAAGAAGGGAGACCAAACUUCAGAGGGACAGAGAGACGGGUGGGAUUAAUCCAAUUCACCUGGCACAGGGGGAGCUCUGUGACCUCCAAGGCCGGCUGCAGUCCGUGGAGGAAUCGCUGCACUCGAACCAGGAGAAGAUUAAAGUCCUUUUGAAUGUAAUUCAGGACUUGGAGAAAGCUCGAGCUCUCACAGAAGGGCGCAACUUUUAUCGAACUGGUCAAGAUCUCAACAAUUGCAGUACCUGCCAGAACACGGCGUGCAUCAUAUACAGUGUAGAAUAUGAUUUUCGGCAGCAGGAAGGCAGGUUCCAUGAAGUUCUGCAGAGUCUGGAGGAAGCGGAACCAGUGGAGGAGGCUUCUCCUCCACCAAAGUCCCCAGCAGAACCCCCAGCCCCUGAGAAACAGGACUUAAGGAGGAAGACCAAGAAAGUGAAGAAGAAAUGCUUCUGGUGGAUCUGA